AUGGACUGGGUUCAAUGCAACAAUUGUGGUGCGAAGCCGAACCAAGUUAAGAUGUUCCUGACGACGUGCGCUCACGUCUUCUGUCAAAGUUGUACAGAAAAAGCGAAAGAGUCGCAAUGUUACUUGUGCAAAAAACCGCUCACAGUUGACGAGAUCAACAAAAAUUUAAGGCCAGAUUUAAUGGAACUAUUCAAAGAUCCCCGUCAGGUAGCCGCUGAACUAACAACAGAACUGCAAAAAGUUAGUACAUUUCAAGCAAAACAACGAGAAAUUUUUAUGAAGUUCAAAAAUGCCGAAAUGAAAAAAGAAACUGACAGAUUCAAUGAUGCACGAACCAAACAAAUGAAGAUAACACAAGAAAUCGAGAAGCGAAAAAAGGCGUUCGGAGAGAAUAAUGCAUUAUUGAAAGCAGCGAAAGAGGAAAAGAAGCAAUUGACAGCGAGAUUACAUCAAUUACAAUCUGAAAAUUCAACAAAAAAGUCGGUACCAAUACCAUCUCGUCAUUCACAUACUCGGACCGAACCUCCCACUUCUAAAUCUAAACGAAUACGCCCACCGCCUUCUGUAACCAGAAAAGCUAGUCAUGAUUUCCCCUUGAAUAUUAUGGAUCAAUCAACUUCUAAAAUUGUGACGAGUACUCCAAUCUGUAAUGUCGAUUAUAGCCGCCGCGACUAUAUGAAUCGAAUGUUCGGCGCCGGAUUCGAGCAUCCAUCCCCCAUUCCACGGCAAUAA